AUGGCUGUGUCUGUCAUCUCUGUCCUGGAUUAUCCACACUGCACAGUGUGUGACUUGCCUGAGCUCACAGCAGAAAGUUUGGAAGCUGGAGACAACAACCAGUUCUGCUGGAGGAAUUUGUUCUCCUGCAUCAACUUGCUGAGGAUCCUCAACAAGCUGACCAAGUGGAAGCACUCGAGGACGAUGAUGCUGGUGGUGUUUAAGUCAGCCCCGAUCCUGAAGCGUGCCCUGAAGGUGAAGCAGGCCAUGAUGCAGCUCUACGUGCUCAAGCUGCUGAAAAUCCAGACCAAGUACCUGGGGAGGCAGUGGAGGAAGAGCAACAUGAAGACCAUGUCUGCCAUCUACCAGAAGGUGCGGCACCGCAUGAACGACGACUGGGCCUAUGGGAACGAUAUCGACGCCAGGCCCUGGGAUUUCCAGGCAGAGGAGUGCACGCUCAGAGCCAACAUCGAAGCCUUCAACAGCCGCAGGUACGACAAGGCGCAGGAGUCGGAGUUCGCCCCGGUGGACAACUGCCUGCAGAGCGUGCUGGGCCAGCGCCUGGAGCUGCCCCACGACUUCCACUACUCGUACGAGCUGUGGCUGGAGCGGGAGGUGUUCGCUCAGCCCAUUCGCUGGGAGGAGCUGCUGCACUGCCAGUGACAGCCCCGGGCCCCGGGCUCGGCUGGGGGUGGGUUUGGGGGUUUGGGCACAGCUGGGGGGGAAAUGAUUUAAAAUGUUCAGAGAGAGCAAGUGUCGGUGUGCCUGGCAGAGAGCUCUUGGAGGGUGUGCUGAGACUGUGAAGGGCUGGCAGGGGCCAUGGAGAAGGUUCCAGAGUGAGCUCAGAGACCUUGGGGUGAGCAUUCCCAGCUGGAAUUCCAUCCCUGCUGCACUUCCCAGGCUGUGCCUCGUUGGUUCAGAGCCCUUGGG